AUGUUAGCGGUGGGGGCGAUGGAGGGCACCCGGCAGAGCGCGUUCCUGCUCAGCAGCCCGCCCCUGGCUGCCCUGCACAGCAUGGCCGAAAUGAAGACCCCGCUGUACCCCGCGGCAUACCCCCCGUUGCCCACCGGCCCCCCCUCCUCCUCGUCCUCCUCAUCCUCCUCCUCGUCGCCCUCCCCGCCUUUGGGCGCCCACAACCCAGGCAGCCUGAAGCCCCCGACCGCGGGGGGGCUCUCAUCCCUGGGCAGCCCCCCACAGCAGCUCUCAGCCGCCACCCCCCACGGCAUCAACGACAUCCUGAGCCGGCCCUCCAUGCCCGUGGCCUCAGGGGCCGCCCUGCCCUCCGCCUCGCCCUCGGGUUCCUCCUCCUCCUCUUCCUCGUCCACCUCCGCUUCCUCCGCUUCCGCAGCUGCCGCGGCGGCCGCGGCCGCUGCAGCCGCCGCCUCAUCCCCAGCGGGGCUGCUGGCUGGCCUGCCCCGCUUCAGCAGCCUGAGUCCACCGCCGCCGCCGCCUGGGCUCUACUUCAGCCCCAGCGCAGCGGCCGUGGCCGCCGUAGGUCGGUACCCCAAGCCGCUGGCCGAGCUGCCCGGCCGGACGCCCAUCUUCUGGCCAGGAGUUAUGCAGAGCCCACCCUGGAGGGACGCCCGCCUGGCCUGCACUCCUCAUCAAGGAUCCAUUUUGUUGGACAAAGACGGGAAGAGAAAACACACGAGACCCACGUUUUCUGGCCAGCAGAUCUUCGCUCUGGAGAAGACUUUCGAACAAACGAAAUACUUGGCGGGGCCCGAGAGGGCUCGCUUGGCCUAUUCGUUGGGGAUGACGGAGAGUCAGGUCAAGGUCUGGUUCCAGAACCGCCGGACCAAGUGGAGGAAGAAGCACGCGGCCGAGAUGGCCACGGCCAAGAAGAAGCAGGAUUCGGAGACCGAGCGGCUCAAGGGGGCUUCGGAGAACGAGGAGGAGGACGACGACUACAACAAGCCUCUGGACCCCAACUCGGACGACGAGAAAAUCACGCAGCUGCUGAAGAAGCACAAGUCCAGCAGCGGCGGCGGCGGCCUCCUGCUGCACGCGUCCGAGAACGAGAGCUCGUCCUGA